CUGACCACAGCACUGAUGGAUGAAGAGAAGAAGACCAUUUUGGAGAAGCACAAUUACUAUCGCUCCCGGGCAGAUCCACCGGCUGCAGACAUGAAGUCUCUGCACUGGGACAAGACACUGGAGGAUCUGGCAACGUCUUAUGCUGCGAAAUGUAUCUGGGAGCACAAUGAGGAGCGCGGCUUCAGGGGAGAGAACCUGUUCCUGAUGUCCGGCUCCAGUCUGGAUGUGGACCUGGGUAUGGAUGACUGGCACAAAGAGCGGGACUACUACAACUUCACUACAGACGCCUGCCAGGAGGGGAAGAUGUGUGGACACUACACCCAGAUGGUUUGGGCGGAUACAGAGCGUGUCGGGUGUGGAGAGAAAUUCUGUGAAAAAGUUGAAGGAUUUGAAGAGCCAAAUAUGUAUCUCCUGGUCUGUAACUAUGAACCUCCGGGCAACUUUCAAGGAGAGCAACCCUAUACACCUGGAGAGCCCUGUUCUUCCUGCCCUUCCUCUCACAUCUGUAAAGAUUCAUUAUGUGUUGAUGAAACCUUAAAGCAGGAGGAAUCAAGCACGGCUCAACCAGGCACAACUUCAUUCAUAUCAGGUGUAACACGUCCAUGGCAGGACCCAGAACUUACACAGUCAGAGUUGGUUCCAAAAUCACCACAACCAGAGUUGCUGAGUCCAGAACCAUCACAAUCAGAGCUCACUCCGGAACCAACACAGCCAGAGCUGACUCCAGAACCAACACAGCCAGAGCUGACUCCAGAACAAUCACAGCUGACUCCAGAAACAACACAAACAGAGCUGACUCCAGAAACAACUCAAUCAGAGCUGACUCCAGAAACAACUCAAUCAGAGCUGACUCCAGAAACAACUCAAUCAGAGCUGACUCCAGAAACAACUCAAUCAGAGCUGACUCCAGAAACAACUCAAUCAGAGCUGACUCCAGAAACAACUCAAUCAGAGCUGACUCCAGAAACAACUCAAUCAGAGCUGACUCCGGAAACAACUCAAUCAGAGCUGACCCCAGAACCAACACAUUCAGAGAUAAUCCCAUCUUCAACAAAAUCAACACAAUCAGAGAUGAUUCCCAAAGGGACAUGGACAGAGCUGGAUCCACAAGUAACAUCAUUGAAGGUGGAUUCAAAACCAACACCAGCAGAACUUUUAGAAGUAAGCACAGAACCUUUAGAAGUAAGCACUACAAUACAACCCACCAGUCAAGUUGCUGCUAUUCCAAGUCAAGAACACCUUUCUGUUUCUGUGAAACCCCCCCUUCCUAUGGACACUACACCUCACAAUGACAAGAACGACAUUGAAAAAGCUUUUUCUAAUGAUCAACCAGAUGCACUAACAGAAAAAGAAGAACUGAUCCCAGUAACAGUGACCAUGAUCCCUACAAAGCCUUCGAGAACUCAAGAAAUUUCUGUAUUAGUCAGCAAACCCACAAAGAAAGCAAUCGACACAGUGAUUAGCCAAGAUAAGGGGAGAAGUAAAGACACUGUCCAGAAGCCAGCAAAGACUUUACAAGACAAGAAGGAGAAAAACAUUAACUUAUCAUCAUCAAAAUGGAAAAAACCAUUGUCCUCUUCUAUGAGGUGGGAUUAUAAAUCAGGCUUCUCGGAACGGACAUACUUUGGCCGCCCUGUCCAUGCCCCACACUUUGUACAAGCUCCUAAGCCUUGUAAAUAUCCAUGUCUCAGGUCACAGUCGACAUCUUCAAUGGUGUUUCCUCUUUAUCGCACAAAUCACAUUUCAUCUUCGAGAGGAUAUGACGAGCAAAGCAAAUGGAUCAGCAAACCUCAAACAAAGUCCAGCUAUAAGCAGCUCUGCAAACUGUUAGGGUACAAGAAAGGGGUUUACAGUCUAUACCUCCCUAAAGCUCAACAACAUUAAGUAUCAACUAUGGACAAAGUGUCCACAAUACAGUAGACAAAGAGAAUCCCAGGCAUCAGACAACUCGACCACCAGCAGCCACAAAAGAGGCACCAACUAGACACCCAGAUGUUAUCACAGUAAUACCCUUCUUGGCUCCGAAAGAUCUCCUGUCCAACCUUGCUUCAUU